CAUUAAUUUGCCUUGCAUCAAUUCAUCAGACUUCAAGUGACGGACGCUUACACCAUGGCAUUCGGUUCCUCGUCUAUCCUUUCUUUACGACUGACCAGAGACGGUCUUCUUGGAAAGGUCAAAUCAAUCCAAGGGCAGACCAGAGCUUUCUCGAAAUCCGCAUUUCAUGGAGAAUCGUCUUCCUCUGGCUCGUCCUCCAAAAGGAGCCGAACCGAACUGCUCCCCGACUUCAAUCCAUUCCAUAAGACCAUCAUCAGACGUCCGAAAUCUCCUCCGACGGACGGUCCUUCGAACCUUUUGACUCCUCUGCAUAAUCACCAUGGCACUUCGACCUCUGCCAGAGGCUAUCAUAUCGUUAGACCGCUCAGUGGGGAUUAUCCGGUCUAUACCAAGAUACGGAAAGGUGGUCACUGGACGACGAUAAUCAAGGGGGUCAGGGGCAAUGUCGAGGCCUUCCAGCAAGAUCUCAACGCUUAUUUCAAAGCGACACACAUCGAUCCUCUGAAAGUCCCAUCCAGAGCGGUUUUGCGCCCAACAAAUCUUCAUCUGGUCAUGAAGGGAAAAAUGGCAGGACAGAUCGUGCGAUGGCUCAAGAGUGAGAAAUUAUAGCUGCACGGGACGACCGGAGACAGCUCUACGGAGCGGGGGACCUUGUAUGCAUAUCUUCAUGUUCAACGGUGUUUCAUGCUCAACGGUGUUUUGUAAUCAUUCAUGGUUCAAAUGCUAGAUUCAUAUCGAAGAUCUGCCCACUAGAGAGCUACGGAGGCGCGGUUGCUCUCUGCCUCAGCUUGCCGAUACCUUUGUCUUGCAUGUUACCGUGCAGUGGUAUCCACCCUGUUAAGCUGAGCUCGAAUAGUUGAGAUGAGACCUUCCGGCCGUAACGAAAUGAGAUCAGAAUAAUCUGUCCCCACUCAAUGCCAGGACUAAGUUUCUUUCUUCUCUUGGCAUUGACC